AUGUCUCAAGCAGCACAAGGGGACACGAUUUUCGUUUCUGGCGUUACCGGCACUCAAGGAUCGGCGACAAUCCGUGCUCUUCUCAGUCUUUCCACCUCCACCAACCCCAUUACCAUUCAUGCUCUCGUCCGUGAUCCGGACAGCCCCCAGGCUCAAGCACUAGCGAAGGGGUUACCAGCGGUCAAGCUGUUCAAAGGCGAAUACGACGAUCCCUCCGCCAUUACAGCCACAGCAACUUCAUGCACGGCUUGCUUCUUCAUUUUCCUGACGGUCUGGAGCGAUGCUACCGCCGAACAACGUCACGCUAAGAACACUCUCUCAGUUCUUUCCUCAAUCCCUACAAUGAAGCGGGUGGUCUACACUACUACCGCCGGCGUCAAAGAUCCCGGUAUCCCGGGAAAUUUCGUCGGCGUUGAGCAGGGUAGCCUUCGCUACACUUACUUUCAAGGCAAGCACAACAACGAAAUCGCCGUCCGGAAAGCCGCCGAGCAGAAUGGCUGGGUGUGGGCUAUCUUCAAACCCGCAACUUUUCUUUCCAACUUUCUCAACCCAAUGGCGACAUUUAUGUAUCCAGAGCUUUCCGAACAUUGCAUUGCGACCGUCAUCCCGGCUGACUACAAGCACUACUUUGUCGAUCCCGAUAUUGUUGGGCGAUUUGCCGCAGCGGCCUUAUUGGGACCCGGAAUAGGACGUGGGCUGCCUGAUCUUUCAUCUCAGGUCAUUGACUUGGCUUCUCAGGUGGGACUGCUGGAGGAUGCUACGCGCACGAUGGAGAGGGCACUGGCCAAGCAGGGCAAGAAUGUGAAGAUUACCGUCGAGUACGUUACGGCAGACGAGGCGGAGAAGAGGGGACAAAACCCCAUCAAAGUUCAGAAUGGGCAGUUCCUGGUUGACAAUCCUGUCACGGUAGAUUUGGACCGUGUCAAGAGUUUUGGACUCGAGCUGGGCACAAUAGAUGGUUUUUUUUGA